CUUUGAGGUUAUGCUAUUAGCUAUAGUGUAUGACUGUAUGUUGUUUUACUUUUAACGUUCAACAACAAAUAAAAAUUUAUAAGUGAAUAAAUGGAAGAUACAGACAAAAGGCCGCAAUUCGGGAAUCGACUAUUAGAAAAUGUGGACGAAGUGUUUAAACACAACGCUUGGUACUGUAUUUUAUAUUUCACUUAGAAAUUGUAAGAAAAUUAACAAUAACAAAGUAUAUUUGGAGAGCACGCGAUUCAGGAAAAAGCCUUGUGGUGGCACCAGAUAUUUGCAAGAUUCGAAUGAUUUAUUUGACUUUAACGCAUGGGACAAUGUCCAAUGGGAUGCAGAGCAAGAAAAGGCAGCACAGGAGAAAGUUGGACAAAAUUCCCUUGUAACAUUUUCAGAAGAUAUAUUAAAAGAUUUGGAUCAGAAUGCAGAUAAGCAUUGGGAUAACUUUUAUGAUAUACAUCAAAAUAGAUUUUUCAAGGAUAGACAUUGGCUUUUCACAGAGUUUCCUGAAUUAGCACCAGACUAUACAUCAGCUCCUUGUAGAGUUUACCCUAAUGGUGAUACUAAUGAGAAAAAUAAUACACAAGUACAUGGAAUUUCCACUGAAUCCAAACGAUACAUCUUUGAAAUAGGCUGUGGUGUUGGAAAUACAAUAUUUCCUAUACUACAAUACAGUCAAGAUCCAAACUUAUUUAUAUAUGGAUGUGAUUUUUCAUCUAAAGCAAUUAGUAUUAUGAAAGAGAAUGAAUUAUAUGAUACAAAAAGAUGUGAAGUUUUUGUACUAGAUGCUACAAAAACUGAAUGGGAAGUCCCAUUUAAAGAAAAUUCAAUAGAUAUAAUUGUAUUAAUAUUUGUGCUGUCUGCGAUUGAUCCUACAAAGAUGACCAAUGUUGUUGAGAAUAUUUAUAAAUACCUAAAACCUGGUGGUUUAGUAGUGUUCAGAGAUUAUGGUAAAUAUGACCUGGCCCAGUUACGCUUCAAAAAAGGAAGGUGCAUUUCAGAUAAUUUUUAUGCUAGAGGAGAUAAAACUAUGGUAUAUUUCUUUACUCAGAUGGAAAUUACAGAAAUGUUUAAAAAUUGUGGAUUUUUGGAAGAACAGAAUCUAAUAGAUAGAAGACUUCAAGUAAAUAGAGGUAAAAAGUUAACAAUGUAUAGAGUUUGGAUACAAGCAAAAUAUAGAAAACCAUUGUAGUUUAUUUUUAUAAUUUCACAUUAUUGUAAGCAUAAAAGUAAUAAUAAAAACAACUUAUAUUCAAAUGUAAUUGGUAAUUAGCAUAAAUAAAAUUGUUGUAUAUAAAA